AUUUACGGCAAAUUGCGCUAGAUAAACUAUUCUCUAUCUGCUACCGGAAAUUGUCCUAACAUAAACAAAAACAACGUGAGAAGAAAAAAAACGAAAGUAAAAUGAAGAAGCAGGGGAAAAAAGGAAAACCAUCUAAAAAAGAUAAUUCAUAUGACAAUGAAUCUGAGGAAGAAAUUGGAGAUAUAUUCACAGAUGAAAUUAAUGAAUUUACAGAAGCAAAAAACAAGGUUGACUUGGAGGAAAAGAACAGUGAGAGUGAAGAGGAGGAAGAGUUGUUUGGUCUAUUGAAUGAGGAAGAUGAAAGUGAUGAAGAGUUAGAUGAUUGGUCCAAGCGUCUGAAACAGAUCAAGUUCCAAGCCAAAUUAGAGAAGAAGCGAUCAUUACCAGGAGAUGGGCCAGAGAAGUCUUGGGGAAACAAGCGUGGAGUUUUCUAUGGAUCAGGAGUGAAGAGGAAACCAAAACAAACUGCCAGUGAUGAAGAAGAUGAGUGGACUAUGGAGGAGAAAGAGAUAGAGAAGUUACAGAAAAGGUUAGAUGAGGAUGUGGAUGAGGAUGAUUUCAUUUUACCCUCACUGACCAAGAAAAUAAAAGAAGAAUCAAAUGAGUUCACAAUUAAAAGAGAUUUGACUGCACAGGAGAAAGAAGAAUUUAAGAAAAAAAUUCACCCUGAGGCAGAACCCUUGAGAGAAGAACUGAAUAAAUGUAUAGAAGAGUUAGAAAGCUUGAAAGAAAAAAAAGGCUGGAAAUAUGAGAGCAGAGAAACAUGUUUUAGAUUACUGGCUGGCAACAUUGCCUUCUAUUUACACUUGAUUGAGUCAGACGAGGAAUGCCGUGGACACCCGGUUAUUAAAAGAAUUGUCCAACUGAAAAAGCUGGCUAAAAUGUAUGAGGCCAUUCCUGAGGAGCAAAUGGAAGCCAGCGAUGCCAGUGGUGAUGAGUCAACAGAUGAUGAAGAUGUCAAACCAAAUAAUUCAAUAAAACGUCAGAGGCUUGAUCUGACUGGAAGUGAAGAGGAGGAUGAUGACAUUGAUGAUGAUGAUGAGAAAGAGAAGGUAGAAGAAAGUGAAGAGAAGGAACCAGAAAACAGACCCAUUGGCUAUGAGAUUAUGAAAAACAAACCCAAGAAGAAAACGGCUCCGAAUAACCCGCGUGUUAAACACAGGGAAAAGUUCAGGAAAGCUAAGAUCCGCAGGAAAGGAAAGUAUCGAGACUAUCGACCUGAAAUCAACAAGUAUCAAGGUGAGGCAUCAGGAAUCAGGGCAGGAAUCAUCAGAAGUGUUCGUCUCAAAUAAAAAAAUUCAUUGAAAGUUUGUGUAACUUUACUUAGGUUUGUACAUACUUUAUGGGAAAUUCUUCUAAACAUUGAAAAACAUAUUAAACUAUUUGAAUUGCCAAA